CUGAAGGAAUCCAAACGGAUGGGAGUCACGAAUGCCAUACGGAAUAAGCUCAACUUCUUGGAUGAGCGGUUGUGGAAGCGGUUUUCCGCCAGGCGAUUGGAGUUGAUUGAUACCCUCGAUUUGAGUUCUCGCAAGGCCAGUGAACAGGAUGCCGACAUCAAGAUGGUGGCCGAGGCAUUGCGGGUGGAGUUCGGCUACAACGAAGACUUCGAGCUGGACUUCGACAAGUUGGUUCGGGCUGCCGUGCAGAGUGUGCGGCGGAACCGGAAGCGGUCUUCGAAGACGAAGCACGAGGACGAAGAGCCUCCCAAACGGCACAAGCCAGGACCUGAGCAGCUCCCCGAGCCAAAAGGUUCUCCCAAGACGGUGGUAGAUGCCACCAAGGGUGGUGAUACCACCACCCACCGCAACUUCUUGGCGGAGAUCUCCAAGAUUGACUCCGAUGGAAAUGACGAAAUCUACGACUUGAACUACUCGAGAACAAAGCACUUCUCUACGGAAGACAGGGCCAAGGCUGCCAUCGACUCGAUGAUACGGCCUCGGCUCCAGGCGCCUCCCCAGUUGCCUCCAUUGCAGUUGCUGGCCACUGCCAGCGAGAUACCAGACGCCACGGGUGCCAAAACUACGCUCAUCAACCACAUCGAGCGGUCAAAAUCGUGCCUGGAAAGCGUGUCCAAGAAGUCGGAGAACAUCCAGGCGCUCGGGCGGUCGAUCAUGUCCUCGAGCAUCGCCUACGUGUUUGAGAAGUCGUUCGAGAACGUCAACGAGGUGUCGAUCGAGUAUCUCCGCAACAAGCUCAACCACGAGGUGUUUCUCGCUCGGUUUUUCCGGGAGUUGGACCCCGAAGCUACCACCCAGGUCAGCGACGAGAUCGCAGUGAUCUCGCUCUACACGCUCCUUGGCGGCUGCGUCAAGGACUUCGGGUUCGAGGUGGUGAUGUUCCCGCUCUGCGAGCUCUUAUACGUUCUGGUGCUUCGCGACUAUCCGUUGAUUGCGAAAAACUCCACUGCGUUUCGCAGUGCCGACUAUUUGCGGCCCCAUGGCGAGUCUGUGUAUGGCGGAAACAACUCGUUGAGUUCCUUGGCCGCUGUGGCCACCGACAUCCAGAUGCGUGAGCAGCGGCCUGGUGGAGCCAAAAUGACUUCGGCCAUGAAGCAGGUGCUUCUCAAGUUCCUCUCGUCGGUGUUGGAGUUCUCCUACGGCACCAACAACCUGGCACCACCACGGCUCAUGGAGCUCCUCGAAAACGCUCGCAGUGCGUUCAAGCUCACCAGCGCCAACGACUCGAUUCUCGGAGUGCGCAACAUCAAGGACGGGCUCAUCGUGCGCACCGACUUGGACUUGGAGCGUAUCUUCAAGCACCAGGAGAAGAUCGAGCUCGAGAUCUUCAGCCAGCGGUCCAAGGCCAUACCCAUCUACGAGAUCACCUCCACCGUGAUUCCCAACUACAACGAGCGGAGCCCAGCCGGCGAUGGCCCCAAAAUCGUGCUCCCACCGCCGUUACAGCGGGUGGCCCUCGCGCACCCGAGACUCGAUGGGGGAGAUAAAAGUGGGUUGCCCUUUCUCUCCAAUAACGACGAGGCGGCCAUGGUGGCGGUGGUGCCGUCCACACCACCUGUGCCGCCUCCUCCACCACUUCUUCCCAGGUUCCAACCGCUCUUGUAG